UCUCAGCAUCGCUUCAGUUUGUGCAGGAGGCAGAGGCUCCAUCCCUCCAGGAUCUCCACUGGCACCAAGGACCAGAUGUGAUCUACCCACCUCCCAGUCAACCCAUUCCACUCUGAGCCUUGGAUCUCUUUUAUUUGUUCUGCAUGGAUGAGAACAGCCAACCACAAAUGGAUUUCUCACUCACCAACUAAUGAGACUCAAACCCAGGAUUGUUGGGGGGAUAAAAACAGAAACUGAAGGUUGAGGGGGGACACUCCAAGUGGUUUCCAGCGGGUUUUCAUGUUUGUGGGAGCAGCACUUGAGUCUGCCUUGGACAUGGGACCGUGCGUCAGCCGAGAGGGAACCGGUGCAGGAGAAAGAGCAUCGUCCUGAAGCAGGAAAAGCCCGCGUGAGGGAGUUUUUUUAUCUCUUGUUUUUUUUUUUUGCGACCGGAGAGGGGGAGCUUUGGGUUUCACGCACCGGAAUGAUGCACCCCAACCGCGGCUUCAUCCUGCUCCUCCUCAACGGAACCGCGUGUUUGGUGGCCCUGGGCCAAGAAGAUGAGUCCUCCAGCCCCAAAAGCUCUUCAGAUGACUCCUCCAAGCCGUUGGGCCUCCUGGGCGAUCAGGCUCCUCUCUCACCCUUGAGCCGCUGGAUGCUUCACAGUAAGAGCAGAGCUGCUAAUGACACCUCUCUGGAGCUGCCCUACCGCUCCCCAAUCCCUUUCUCCAAGCAGGAAUUUUCUAAACAGGAGUUCUGGGAGAUGUUGGGCAGCGACCUGCUCAAGCCUGACGCCUCCAGCUCCAGGGUCAAACGCCGGCCAAUUGUUAAGACCGGCAAGUUCAAGAAGAUGUUUGGCUGGGGUGACUUCUAUUCCAAUAUCAAGACAGUGAGGCUUAACCUGCUGAUCACCGGCAAGAUUGUGGACCAUGGUAACGGCACGUUCAGCGUCUACUUCCGCCAUAACUCCACAGGUCAGGGCAACAUCUCAGUCAGCCUGGUGCCACCUGUCAAGGCAGUGGAGUUUGACCUGGAGCGUCAGAGCGUGGUCUACCCUAAGGACUCCAAGAUCUUCAACUGCCGCGUGGACUAUGAGAAGGUGGAUCGCAGCAAGCGCACCUCACUGUGCAACUAUGACCCGUCCAAGACCUGCUUCCAGGAGCAGAUUCAGAGCCAUGUGUCCUGGAUUUGCUCCAAGCCUUUCAAGGUCAUCUGCAUCUAUAUAUCCUUCUACAGUACGGACUACCGCCUGGUGCAGAAGGUUUGCCCGGACUACAACUACCAUAACGAGAUGCCCUAUCUGCCCUCGGGCUAGAGGACUUGUGUGAAGGGAGGAGAGGUGGGAGAGGAGAGGAUAAGGGGGCUGAAUGGGCGUUACUGCAACAGGAAACCAGGGCUGAGAAAAGUCAUUAAUACCAUAGUGGCAGCAAGAUAUCUUAAAAAAAACCCUCUGUAGCCUGCAAGAUGUAAAAACAUAUAUGCAAAACAAAAAUGACAAUAUGCAGAUAGUGAAGCACUGGGAAUGUUUAACUGCAGCAUUCGUUAAAUGAGCUGGUAGUGAAAAUUAAAUACCACACACAUUCUUACCUCAAUCCGAAAUACCAACUUCUCACCAUCUAUUUUUUCUCUACCAUUAAGUCAUUUGUCAGUGUUGUCUCAGUGUCCUUUUCAUCACCCUUCACCGUGUUGCUGUUUUGCAAAGUCACCAGGCAGUAUUUUCUGUGAAAUGCUGUGUUAUGAGUCACUGGGGAGUUGUAUAAAAAAUUCAGACUUUAUUACAGACAUCAUGUGGUGUUUAACACCAUAAGCUGUAAAGGAAACAAUUGCGAUUGCAAACUUUCCAGAGGGAACACAAAUCACUCCUUUCCUCACAAAAAGCAGGUGAAUGUAAAGUGUACCAGUCCACAGGAUCAUUCAGCUUCUUUCUUUUUAAAGGGCAUGUACUUUUAUGUGCGCUCAAGUCACUCCCCAAACAACAUAAAAGAAAAGUUCCUCUUCUUACUCACUUUCUCACACCCUGUCCACAUACACUCACAGCCACGCAUCCAAACCAGGACAAUGUCCCAGUGUUUACCUGCAGAAUGCAAUUACUAUAUAUCCUUUAGUUAUGUCAGUUCCCUUUCCACGAUACAGGGAAAAGAGACAGGGAGAGGGGAAAAAAUCCCAAAUUUGCAAGCAAAAGCAAUUGCUCAACAAAGAUUCGGGACCAGGGCUUAAGACAAGCUCAGUGCGAGAGAAAUAACUAGAUUCUGCAUAGAGACGGGAUUGGCCCUCCACACAUAAGAGAGAGAGAAAGGUUGGGGGAGUGAGAAAGGGAGAGAUUCAGUGAGCUCUUUUAAUUAAAGUGGAGAAGGAGAUGUAGAGUAUGCAGCUCCGUCUAUUGUCCCCUCUGUAUGAAAAAGAUUACAUUUUGUUGCCGUCAGGAUUCCUGAUUUCACGCCUUGAUAACUUUGACUGUGUGAGGGAGAUUGCUCUCUCCUGACAAAUACUGUGUUCACUAAAGUAGGCCCGUUAUCUUGAAUAAAUGAAAAUAUUAUCAUAAUAAUUACAUAUAAUUUAAUCUCCUGUAGAACUAAUUAAGGUUUCAACGAGAGUGCGAAAUGCAUUCCUAAAAAUCAAGUCAGGGGGUGGGAGGAUAAGAGGACGUUCGUGGAGGAUUGUUGUGUUUUUUGUGUGGAGCCGGCAGCCAAAGCUCAGCUCAGAGUUAACUGCUCUCAUUAAGAUAAAUGGCCACUGGCUGGCCCAUCUCAUGUCGCUCUCACAAACAAUAUCAGAGGAGAGCAGUGCACAAUGGAGCAAUGAAUUAGGUGACCUGACAUUUGUGCGCUGAGAGGUUACUGCUAUGCUGCUUGUAAGGACACAAUGAUUUUUCGGUUCAUUAACGACGAACAGUCACAAGACAGGUGUGAAGAGUCAUUAAACAGUGAUAUCGGAUUACGCGUGUGAUGCUCAUAUAGUGUGCUAUCAGGAAUAUAGCCAAGAUCUGUGCCUGUGCACGCUUGGCUGAAGCUGUGCAGGGAUGUCCCAGGUGGACUCGUGCAGCAGUCACUGUUUCCCCCCCUCCUGUGGGGGGAAGCAUAAGGACAAACUUAAAUCCUUCAUCUUCUCUCGGUGUGAUAGGAGAGCAGUACAAGGGAAAACAAACCUAAAGAUGGUAAUACAAUCCUUUAAAUCUGCACAUCAAAGUUUAUUAUAUACUUCUUGGCUACAUCCAUGCUACUACAAUGUCAUUUGUAAAAAGGUUUUCAAAAUAAAACAACCUCUAUCCAGUGUCGACAAAAACAUUUGAGCUCCGUGUCAGUUUUAAUUCUCGCCCAUCCUAACACGUCUGAAAACGAGUACUCAUAUACAGUAGGAAUUGUUGCAGAUCUCUUGAAUAAUAGCUUAUUGCAUAGGCAUGUAAUCAGUUGUAAAAUGCAGAAUUAAUCUGCACAACAGAUAGUAAAAACAACUGGCUCAACACUGCCUCUAAUUGAUUAUCCUUGUUGCAUUCUACACUGGUAGCCAAAGCUAAUGCCUGUUGUUCUCUUCCAGAAAGUGGUCAUGUGAUGAGAGCCUGACAAAUCCAUGAAGGCUUUAUCACGACCGUAAAAGACCCAACCAGCAAACGGCUGUGUCUACAUCAUCAUUUCCAAACAUCUUAGCUUUUGCCCGUCUAGACUAAAACGCAGCCGCAGAGUUUUCAAACUAUAAUGGAGCCACCAGCGUUUCCGAAGUUCUCAGUUUUAGCAACUCUAAAACUUUGUCAUAAUUUGGAGGGCAGGGGUAUCUGUAACAGAGUUGAUGCAUUUUCAAUCAAAAUGUAGUAAUAUGGAUGUAGCCUUAAAGAUGGGGAAAAGGUCCUCUCAAUGUGCAAUAUGAAGGGGACUGAUGGAUGAAGGCUGUUCAUCUCUAUGAGUCAAGCCUCUGUCUCCUCUUGCAUGUGACUGUAUUGUUUUAUCACCGCCAUUAUUUCAUAGAUGAACCAGCCUGUCUGCCUCACACAUACGUAUCGACUUUUACUUGGAAGUGUCUAACAAUCAAGGAACCUCACAAAGAGGAUUUAUCCUUAAGAGUCUCCCAUCAAUCACAGAGCCACCUAAGAGAGUGAAUGUAGAGAUGGAUUCUGAUUCCUGCCACAAACAUGACCUGCAGGUAAAACCUGGACAAUUGGCGGCAGUUUGCCUUUCACACUUGCACAACACAGCGGGAGGUUCACUACACAGAUGUGUUUACAACAGCAACAUAUCCUCCGUAUUAUUCAGGCGAGAGGUGGAGCACCCGGGUGUAGAAGACAGAGGCAGGAAUAACUCUGCUGCGGAAUUAUCCCAACAAACUCUCAACAUCUUCUGUGUCUUCUUAUGUGUGACACUGCUUUUUCACAGGGAGAUAUUUGUUUUCUUUUUCGUUUUUUAAUUUUUGCAUUUGUCACGCCUUAGAAGCGUCAUCAGAUUUCACAUUAACUAAUGUUAAUGUGAAAUCACUCGCUCGAGGUGAAUCCAGCUGGGAUCCCCUGCUGUAUUCACACAUCAGAUUCUCCAGAAUUUCCAGGGACUUUAUACUAGCAGGGCAGGUGAAGAAAGUCUGCAGACACUCGGACAAUUGCGUUCACACGUAUACCUCCGCUACGGAGUAUCUGCAGAGUUCAGUGCACGUCUGAAAGCAGCAUAACAGUUAAUGUAGUAUUUAUUUGAAACAGUUGUAAUGGAACACACAAUAUAGAUGCUGGCUUGUCUAAAGCUCCUUUUCCUGUACUACUGAAUGAAAUACAAAGCUUCAUGUGUAUAAUGCAUCGAGCGGCAUGAGUGAACCACAACCUGUUGCUCUGUUCAUCAUUCCCUCACCCUCUGCCCCUUCCUGCUCCAGACGUCUGCAUGUUGCUCAGCCAUGUUCCCUGCAGUCUUCAUGCUGUUGUCCUCUUCUUGUGUGUGACCCUGCUGGCUGCAGCCUCAGCCUCCAUACCCUCUCUCGCUCCCAUACCCUGACGUUGAACCCUGCGGUAGUUCCUCAUUGCUGCCCCGCCCGCCCUCCUGCACACAGCGUUGAGCUAAGCUAGCUAAUCUCCGUGAGCUUAACGCCAAGCCAACUGAACAUCAGCUGUGAGAACACCACUCCCUUCCUUCUCUAUCUAUCUAUCUCUCUCUAUAUCUAUAUCCCAUCAAACAAAUGCGUGCACAGACACAGUCUUAAGAUGUGCUGGUUUAGCUUUUUUCCUCUCUCCUGUUCAAAGCGUCUUGCAUAAGCCCUUGGAUUGUGAGGACAUGAAAUCUCCUCAAGAGCAUGCCAGCAGAGUGCCCGACACAGAAACGCCCCAGUAACCUCAAUACGCGUCUCCUCCCACCUCCUGCAGUGCGUGCAGAGAGAAGUUGGAUCCUCACACAUGUUGGGAUCAGAACUGGGCAACAGAAGCCCGAAGCAUUAAACUCAUGUAGAAAAUAACAAGGACACAUGUUGGGCUGCCUGUGGGGAAGAAGCCCCCUACUCUGCUCCUUACCACUCCCCCCAAGAUUUACAGCAAUACUCUCAUUGAGACUCCUUCUCCACCUCUCCGGUGCCAGCUACAGAAAGGCUGCUGGACUAAGUUUCAGAGACAGUCACGUUGCUGCGGGAUGGAUGGUGUUGUUACUGCAGCAGCCUUACUGUUGACCCAUCUAGUGCCAACGGACAUGUGGAUAUUUGGCCUUAGAGACUGCAAGACAACACUGGUCCACUCAGCAAAGAAUAGUUACUAAACACAACUGUCAAAAAACAAGAAUAUACAUAUAUAUAUAUAUAUAUAAAUAUAUAUAUAAAAACUAAGAGUUCGCAGAUCUGAAUAAAGUUGUAUUUAAAUGUGGGUCAUGCA